AUGGCAACAGCAAUACUUUCAGAAGAAGAUUUUGAAGACGAUUAUGAUUUCAACAAUGAUUUUGAUGAUUCUAGUGAUACAUUGGAUUAUUCGCAUCGAAAUUUAAAUGAAAUAGAUAUUAAUCAAUUAUUAUCAACAAUUGAAAAUCCAAAUCAUAUAAAAAAUUUUCAAUUAAAUUCUAAUACACUUUUUACUGUACCGAAUGAAAUUAAAAAAUUUCAAUCAUUAAUAACACUUGAAUUAUCAAAUAAUCAAUUAGUUGAAUUAUCACAUGAUAUUGGAUCUUUAAAAAAUUUAAAAAAUUUAUAUUUAAAAAAUAAUUCUCUUGAUGAUUUAUCAUUUCCAAAAGAAAUUCAAGAAUUAAAACAAUUAGAAGUUAUUAAUUUAGGUGGAAACCGUUUUAAACAAUUUCCUUAUCAAUUAUUUCAACUGAUUAAUUUAAAAGAAAUUUAUUUGGGUUCAAAUCAAAUAUCUAAUUUACCCGAUCUAUUUCAAACAUUAACCAAAGUUGAAGUACUUUAUUUGGGUGGAAAUCGAAUUGGAAAAAUACCUGAUUCAAUUGGAUCUAUGCAUUCAUUAGUUGUUUUGAAUUUAUGUGACAAUCGUUUAAGAACACUACCACGUUCGAUUUCUCGUUUAACUCAGUUAAAAUCACUUUCAUUGCAUAAUAAUCAAUUUUGUGCUUUACCACCCGAUAUCAUACGUCUUGAUUUACAAGAAUUAAGUUUAAGAAAUAAUCCACUUGUUGUACGUUUUGUUCGUGAUUUAACAUAUGAUGUUCCAUCAUUAAAAGAAUUAUCUGGUAGAACAAUAAAACUUCAUAAUAUAAAUUAUGAUGAUAAAUCAAUACCAAAAUCUCUUGUUGAAUAUUUAAAUUCUGCUAAAUCAUGUUUAAAUCCGAAAUGCAAAGGUGUUUAUUUUGAAAGUUGUCAUAAAAAUAUCAAAUUUGUUGAUUUUUGUGGUAAAUUUUACUUACCAUUACUUCAAUUUCUUUGUUCACCUGCAUGUACACCAACAUCAACAUGUCAAAUGACAACAACAACAACAACAACAAAUUCGGAUGACAUGAGUAGUAAAUUUAAAAAGGUGCUACUUGGUUAA